ACCUCUUCCGCCUCCAGCGGCGGCGGGGCGGGAUCCGAAGGCGCCCUGCAGCCUGCCCGCCAUCGGGACCGAGAAGCCGCUCCGUCCGUCCGUCCCGAGCGAGCCCUCGACGGCUGGACGGCGCUUGCCGGGCGCUCACCUUCCCCGGCCGGCGAGGCCAGGUAGGAGCAGGCGAGCGAGGGAGCGGCGAGACGGACAGCCUGCCGAGACCCCGGGCGACCGCUCUCGAUAUUCCAUAUCUCCCUUAUCAUGCUGUUCCUUGAUGCGGGCAGUUCCUCAUUUUCUGGUUCCUUAUCCCUGGAGGAGAAACGACUUUUCCAGUAUAUUGAUGAGCAUCAGGAUGAAUUUGUUCAGAAUCUUGCUGAAUGGGUGGCAGUGGAGAGUGAUUCCAUACAACCACAGCUGCGAGGAGAAGUAACACGAAUGAUGAAGAUUGCUGCAGCCAGACUUCAAGAUUUAGGGGCAAAAACGACACUCGUUGAUAUUGGCGUUCAGCAGCUGCCUGAUGGCCAGAACAUUUCACUGCCUCCUGUUAUUCUAGCAAAGCUUGGGGAAGAUCCAUUAAAACCCACUGUAUGUUUUUAUGGGCAUGUAGAUGUGAUGCCUGCCAAAAUUGAAGAUGGAUGGAAAACCCGUCCCUAUAUCUUGACUGAAAUUGAUGGUAACUUUUAUGGGCGUGGAACAACAGAUAACAAAGGACCUGUCUUGGCCUGGAUAAAUGCAUUGAGCACAUACAUAAAUUUAAACAUAGAUUUGCCAGUAAACAUCAAAUUUCUUAUUGAAGGCAUGGAAGAAUCAGGGUCCAAUGGAUUAGAAGAAUUAAUUAAAAAAGAGAAGGAUUGCUUUUUUUCAAAUGUUGACUAUAUCGUGAUUUCAGAUAAUUUAUGGCUCACCACAAAAAAACCAGCUCUUACAUAUGGAACUCGAGGAAAUGCCUGCUUUUCUGUGGAGGUCAGUGGUGGUGAAAAAGAUCUGCAUUCAGGUGGUGUAGGUGGCAUUAUCAAUGAACCCAUGUCUGAUCUGAUAGCUCUACUUGAUAGUCUUGUCAAUUCAUCUGGUUGCAUUCUGAUACCUGGAAUCUACGAUGAUGUUAUCCCACUUACUGAAGAGGAAAUGAAACAGUAUGAGCAAAUAGAAUUUGACCUGCAGGAAUAUAAAGCUAAUAUUGGUGUAAAGAAAAUUCUCUAUGAUACCAAGGAGGAAAUAUUCUCACAUUUGUGGCGUUUGCCUUCACUAUCUAUUCAUGGGAUAGAAGGAGCUUUUUAUGAACCAGGGAUCAAAACAGUUAUACCAUCAAGAGUCACAGGAAAAUUUUCAAUCCGGCAAGUCCCUCAUAUGGAUCUUUCUAAAGUGGAACAUCAGGUGAAAGAAUACUUAGAAAAUGUGUUCUCAAAACGAAAAAGUCCAAACAAAUUAACGGUGUCUAUGCAAAUGGGUGCAAUGCCAUGGGUUGCUAAUAUUGAUGACCCUCAGUAUGAAGCUGCUAAAAAGGCAAUCAAAAGAGUUUUUAACCAAGAUCCAGAUAUGAUUCGAGAUGGAUCAACCAUACCAAUUGCCAGAAUGUUUCAGGAUAUAACAGAGAAAAGUGUGUUGAUGUUUCCACUUGGAGCAGCAGAUGAUGGGGAACACUCCCAAAAAGAGAAGAUAAGCAGAUCCAACUACAUUAAUGGAACAAAGGUAUUUGCCUCCUUUUUACUGGAGAUCUCAAAACUCCAUAAGGAACUACAGAAAGCUUCCAACUUGAAGACGGUGACAUGAACUAAAUCAAGUACUGAUGUUACACUUACCUUAUGGCUUGUGACAGUUUUUAAUAACUCCCUUGAAAUUCUAUUCUGUCACUUGUGUGCUAUCUGUUGUCACUUAUAUCUAUGUAUAUCAAGUCAUUCCUAUAUUUCUUAUUCCACUGUGGAACACAAAUAUGUCCUCAUGUGCUCCGAAUCUGAUACAGGUGUGCUGUUCCUCAGUAAAAUAGCUUGCCUAUAACAAUUUAUUUUGUGCCCAAAGGUUUCCAACAUGACUCAGUUUGUGUGUCCAGAUGUAAUCCAGCAAAAGAUGUCUUGUCUUCCAUCCAAUCUUCUGCCUAUAAUGUUACCUUUUAAGCAUUGUAACACUCUUUUUUCCCCCCGAUUCAGUGGUCGGAUAUAAUGAUUUUCUAAUCUCUACCACUGCUGACAGUAGAAAAAAAAAGUUUCUGUCUGCACUUGUGGAUAAAUAAGAGAAAUGUUUCUCCUGUUUGAGUACAAACAUUUAAGUGGCAUCUGUUGUCUCUGAAAAGAAAUUUAGCAUGCAUGGCCCAAAAUAUUUUGCUGCCUGAGGCAAAGGAGCAGAUGGCAGUCACUUUCAACAUGAAGAAGUCAACUGAUCUGGCCGCUGAAAGUUACUUGAGCACUGGUGGUAGUUCAUUGGGCAGGCUUUGUGGCACAGAGCGCUACAGUAUAUGCUUCUCAUAUUUUCCCCUUCGGCUUCCUGACCCUCCUGCCUCCCUCUGCCUAACGCUAUAACCAGUUCUUGGAUUUGCAUUUUAAACUGACUGAGAUGAAAAUAUGGUAAUUAUUUAUAUGAACUGACUUCUUGAAUUAGCAACAGAGCUGAGUGGAACUAGUAAUGGCCUUAUAUUGCAAUUGCCUUAUAUAUAUAUAUUUUACCAAAUCAGAUAGUUUAAUUUGUUACUUUAGUUGAAAAUAUGAAACACACAACUACUCAUUUAUAUUUGAAGUUUUAUGUACUGGUUACAAAAGUAUGAUGAUUGAAUUAUGUUUUUAAUUAGUCAAUUAAUGUGUAUUAUCUUCACAUUAUUCUUGUCCACCUUUCCUCAACUGCAUUAUAUCAUCAACAUCUAUUUGGAAAACAGCAAAUCGGUCUUUUAUGUUUAUUGAUGCCAUCUUAAAUUUACUGGAAUAUAUACUGUCUGAAUUUUGACUGGGGGAAAAAUCCCACUGAAAUAUUUCCAACAAGUUUUCAUUUUGAACCUAGAAGUCUGGACAUUUUUAGAAAGUUUCCACAUUAGCCUUCUCUGACUUGUUCUCCUUUAGCAGUAUUGAACUACAAAUCACAGAAUUGCUGUUCAGCAUGGUCAUGCUGGCCAUGAAUGAUGGGAUUUGUAGUGCAGCAUCUCCAGGGGCAAAUGCUGGGGAAGGGAUAUAUAAACGCACAAAAUUAAAAGUUACACCAUAAUAGGAAGCAUAUACCAACGUUAUUGUCCUACUACAGAUCUUUUGUGGCUCAAAGAUCAAAUUUGUAGAAAAUGACUUCCACAUAUCGGAGGCAGAAGAAACUACACACAGUGGUGACUGAUUGAAGUAAGCUGUCUUUCAGGUUAAAAUUAAGAAAAUUGGGAAGGUUCAAAAAUAAUAAUUCAAUAAUUUGGACAGUUGCAUGACUGUCCAAAACACUUUAAUGGGGAAAAAUGUAGUGAACCAUUUCCAGAGAGGGUGGCAUUGUGAGAAGAUAAUUUUUUGUUGAAGAAAUGACACAUGUGUCAUUUGAAAAGCAAAAGCACAAGCAAGCUGACUUAUGCUAGGUUGGCAAAAAAAAUCUGCUAGGUCUUGUUUCUGUUUAUGUCUGUUAACUAUUCACAAUGGGAGUCCUAAAGUGUUGUGCAAUAGACCUGGUUCAUGAGAUCAAUGGAUUGUUUGCUUUUUAGAAUGUUGUCCUGAAGGAACUAAGCAACACUAUUUGUUUAAUGAUAUACAUUAUAAAUAAUAACUUGAAAUUUGUUUCAAAUUGGACAUUUACUUUUGAGAAUGAAGAUAACAACCGUUUGUUCACCCUAAAGAAACAUUUUCAAGGACCUCAUGUUACAUUUAAAGUCACUCUUCCUGUUCGUAUAUUACUAAGUUAGGCAUAUGCGUUCUGAUGGUUGAAAAAGGAAUUUCAGAAAAGAAAGUAACCAAGAUCUCACAGUUCAAUUUAAGGAAGGAACAGGAUGAUCUGAGCACAGAGGGCAGAAGUUUGCUGAGCAAAUAUCCUCAUUUUUGUAAGAACAAGAUCAGCCUGACAAAAGAACAUAUAAUUCACAGCUGUUUGAAAAUGCAGUGAGCUGUUAUGCACAAACACAUUCCUUAUUUUAAACUGUGUAUGAGGGACCAUAUAGUGCUGGUAUAACUCAGUGGGUUGGAGUGUCUGUAGGCAGGCUUUUGCGCUCCAGAUCCCCACUGUGCUUCCCAAGAGAAGGAAUCAGAUGAGAUUAUCCAGAUCAUGUGUGCCUAAUGGGGCUGUACCCUGUUACCCAUGUGACCUUGGGUAUGUUGCAUGGUUCUAGAGUGCCACCAAGAGGAAGAACUGAUAAACUGUUCAUGUGAAGUUAGAAAAUCUGGGGUCUCUAUAAGCCACAAUUGUCAUGAUGGCACAGAAGUAUUAUUUAUGGGGAACCACGACUAAGGGAUUAUCCUAGCUGUAUAGUCCCCAAAGCACUCAAGACACUUUCCACCAAGUAAUAAUAAAACUAUAUUAUCAAACACUG